GAGAUCUAUAAGUAGCUGCUUGAAUCUACUCUCCUGAAGCCCAUUGAAGCAGUUGCUAAACAGUUGAUAUACUUCGUGAUCUCGAUAGUUGGUCUAUUAACCCGUACUUUCCAACACUCUCAAGAUGGUUCGAAAUCUUGGACUCCUUUUGGCCGGUCUGGCUACCACAUUAUUCGCAUCUCCUAUCUCCAGCGCAAACCCACCAGCGUUUAUACUUGCCGGUGAUUCAACAACGGCCGUUCAGAAUGCAGCUUUAACAGGUGGUGGAUGGGGUGAUGGUUUCAUCGCUACCCUUCGCAAUGGCGCUGGAGGUAUCAAUUAUGGACACAAUGGUGCAACGACUGUAAGCUUCGUGAAUGGUGGCGAUUGGGCAAAAGUAUUGGCAUCGGUAGCAAAGUACAAGGCAGACUAUACAACUUUUGUUACAAUUCAAUUCGGUCACAACGAUCAAAAGGCAACGGCAAACAUUUCGGUUGCGGAGUACAUGGACAAUUUGAAGAACAUGGCGGAGGACGUAAAAGCCGCUGGUGGAACUCCAAUCCUCGUCACUUCCCUUACCCGCCGAAGCUUCAAUAGUUCAGGUCUUGCUAGCGAAAGUCUGGCCGUCCAAGCUAAUGCUACCAUAGCCGUUGCUAAGUCGAUCGGAUCUUUGUACAUAGAUCUUAACCGCGCAUCCACAGACUAUGUAGAUGCUAUCGGGGCGACUAAUGCUGCGACGUACAACUUGAAGCCAACGGACUUCACACAUUUGAAUACUGCCGGAAGUGUUUUGUUCGGAAAUAUCGUCAGUGGAUUGAUCGAUGUGACUGUGGGCAGUUCAUUUGGUUUCAAUAUCAAGACUUAUACCAAGCCAAAUGCAACAAUUGCAAAGGAUGUUGCCAGUGGGACUUACAUAUUCCCGAGUGGAUUUGGAACUCUACCAAACAACACCCUUCCAGCAUAGGAUCCUGGUGUGAUGAAAAAACGUUUUGGAAAUUGUAUAUACUUCGAGAUUUCUUUUCUGGAAACUGUAUAUACUAUGAUAUGAGAUUUAAUGAAAUGGCGAUGAUUGUUUUAUUAUACUUUAGAUGGGCUUUUGUUCUCAAAUGCAACAUGACAUCAGAUAAAAAUAAUUUCUAUUAGAAAGAAAGAAAGAAAUGACGGCGUAUAUUGGUAUUCUAGCCCGGAACAGUCCAUCAUGAAUGCUACAUACAAGAAAAAUGCUGAGGAAUGCUUGAAAACACACCUCCCUCACUAAAUGAACAUCGCA